AUGAGCAGAACUGCAUCAAGAUAAUAGAGCAGAGCUUCAAUUAUGCAACCUUAAGGGCAAACAACGACCCAAUAAAUCUAAUAAGCGGUUUCUACAAGUGCUUCAAAACCUUUACCUUCAGCACCCGUUUCUAAUGAAAGAAAAUGGCUCGGUAAGAAUCCAGAAGUGGUGUGCUUUUUACUUGCUUUGGAGAAUGAUAGAUUAGUGAGAGAGAACAAUGAUUUGGUUAAAUAUAUUAAUGAAUUAAAACAAAGUAGUGGAGGCACAAUUGAUUAAUUCAAUCAAUUAAAGAAAUAAUAUGAAGAAGCAUUAUAAUAGAUAAAUAAAUAUAAGUAAUAGUAAAAUCAUAAUAUAGAAUUGAUAUUGAUGAAUUAAAUAAGAGGAUACGUUCAUUGGAGUAAGAAUUGGCUGAUGCUAAAGGUAAAUAUGGACAAGUGGAUUAAACAUUACCUUAGAAAUUAGCAGAUGCUGAAAGGAAAUGGAAAGAGUUUGAGAGUUUGUACAAUAACUUAAAAUUGAAAUAUGAUACAGAUAUAAGGGAUUGGUAGUUAAAGUAUGAUGAAUUGAAUAGAAAAUUAUUGGAUUGGGAAAGAAGAUACGGUAUCUUAGAAUAAUAGAUGAGACAAAUGCAAGAUGAUCAUGAAUUAGAAUUAAGAUCUAGUGGUGAUUCAGCUAAAUAAUAUGAAGAUUAAUUAAAGGAAUGGGAAUUGAAAUAAAAUGAAUGGGAUAAUAAAUAAAAGGCAUUAAGAGCAGAAUAAGAUAGAUUAAAUCAAUUAUUAAAAAAUAAAGAUGAUGAAUAUGAAAGAUUGAAAGCUUAAUUAUUAGCAGCCCAAAAAGAAUUAGAUGAAUAUAAAAUUAAAUUAAGAGAAAGUGAUUAAGCAUCUGGAUCUAAAUUUACAGAAUAUGAAAGUAAGAUAGCAGAAUUGAGAUUAUAAAAUUAAUAAUUGAAUUAAGAUUUAGAGAGAUUGAAGAAGAGAUAUUAAGAUUUAGAAGAUUAAUUAAAUAGAUUAUAAUCAUAAAAUUAGAGUUAGGAUUCUAAAGUUAGUGAAUUGUAAUCUAAAUGUGGAAAUUUAGAGAAUGAAGUUGAGAAACUUAAUAAUGAAUUAAGAGAUAAAGAAUAGGAGAUAACAAAAUUAUAAGGAAAAUAAAUGUAAUUGGAAUAAAGAAAUAAAGAAUUAACUGAUGAAAAUAAUUUAUUAAGAAAAAAGGUUGCUGAUUAAAAAGCUGAGAUUGAAAGAUUAGAAUUAGAAUUAAGAUAAAAAAUAAGUGAAAUAGAAUAUUAUAAUUUGAAUUUAGUAAAUUAAGAUGAAAGAAAUAAAUAAUUAUUAAAUUAAGUAGAUGAUCUUUAAUUUUAAUUAUAAGAUUUUAAAACAAAUUAUUAAUAAUUAGAAGAAGAUUAUAAUAGAUUAUAAAAGAAGAAUGAAGAUUUAGAGAAUAAAUGUGCUUUAUUUUCAGCUGAAAUUGAUAGAAUGAAGAAUAUUAUAAAAUUAAAGAAUUAAGAUUUAGAAAAAUUAAGAAGAUAAAUAGGAUCACUUGAAAUUGAAAAGAAAUUCUUUGAAUAAUAAAUUGAAGAUUUAUUAAAUAAAAUGAAAUAGAUGUAAGAUGAAAUAGUGAAACUUAAUGAAUUAUUAAAAGAAAGACUUAAGUAAUUAUAAUAAUAAAAUAAUACAAUCAUAUCCUUAAAUCAUUAAUUAGGUGAGAUGAAAGCAUUAUAAACAUAUUGUGAUUAAUAAGAUAAGAGAAUUAAUGAAACUACUAAUAAACUUAAUGAAGCUUUAUUAUAAUUAUAAUUUAAAGAUAUUGAAUUAAUGAAUAUAUCAGCAUUAUAGGCUUCAAUUUAAGAGAGAGAAAAAUAAGCUGAAUUAUUGAAUAAUGAAAUUGUUAGAUUGUAAAAUGAUAUAAUUAAUAAAUUAAAAGAAUCAGAUGAUUAAAAGGAAUAAAUUAAAAAAUUAAAUGAUGAAAUUGCAAGAUUAAAAACUUAAGAAUAAAAUUUACAUGAUAUUGAAAGAAAAUUAUAAAAUGCUGUUGAAGAAAUUAAUAGAUUAGAAUCUUAAAAAUCUGAUUUAGAAAAUUAAGUAACUGUUAAUAGAUAAUCAUCACCAAAACAUACCAUCACAAAAGAAGUACGUAUUGAAAAAACAUCUGUUUAAGUUGAUACUACAGAAAUUGAUAAACUUAAAUAAGAUUUAAGAUAAAAAUAAUUUGAAUUAGAUUAAUUGAACAAUUAAUUAUUAAUAUCUUAAAAUGCAUUAAAAUCUGCAGAAGAUUAUAUUGCUGUUUUAUUAAAUAGAAUUAAUAUUUUAAAUAAAGAAAAUGAAGAUAUGCUUUAAGGAAAAUAAUAAUUAGAAAUUUAAGUUUAAGAUACUAGAACACUUCAAGAUAAACUUUAAAAUUUAGAAAAAGGAUUAACUUAAUUUAGAAAUGAUAAUGAAAGAAUUUUAAGAGAAUUCAAAGAAAAAAGCAAAUUAUAUGAUGAUGCAAGAUAAAAAAUUAGUAAAUUAGAAGCUUAAGCUACUGAAGCUAGAGAAUUAUAAGCUAAAUUAAGAGAAAUUGAAAAUAAAUUAGUAUUUGCUUAAACCAAUCAAGAAAGAUUAACUGCAUAAUUAGCUGAAAAGACAGAAGAAAAUAAUAAUUUAAAAUAGAAUCUCUAAAUUGCUAACAAUGAAAUAACCAAAUUAAGUGAAUAACUUCAAUAAUUAUCAGAAUAGUAAUUUAUUUAUCUUAUAAAUUAUCUAGAGAACGUUUAUUAAAAGAAUAAGUUAAUCAUUUAUUAAAUGAUAAAGAUGCUUUAGAUACUUUAAAGAGAUAACAUGAAGUUCUUAUUGCUGACAUUUAAAAAUCUAAUUAGAAUAUUGAUCAAUUGUAAUUUAUAUAUUUAUAUUUCCCUUUAGAAGUAUAGAAAGAGAUUCUUUAGAUAAUUAACUUAAAUAGAACUAAUAAGAACUUGAGAAAUUAAGAAUAUUAUAAGAGAAAGUAUUUUUUUUUAAUAUCAUUAUUUUAGGUUAGAUUCUUAGGUGGAGAAUGCAAUAAAUUAAAUGAUAAAUUGGGUAGAGCUGAAAAUGAAUUAGAUAAUUUUAGAAAGAGAGGAUAAGAGAAUUCUGAUCUUAAUAAAUAGUAAUUAAAUUUAAAUAAUAUAAUUUAGAAUAAUAGAUAAAAACGGUUAGAUCGAGAGAUUAAAUAGAGAAUUAGAAAAUCUAAGAAAAUAAUUAGAUGGUAAUUAUUGAUAUAAGUUUAAUUUAACAUUAAAACAAUAAAUAACAUUUCUAAUAUAAGUUCUUUUAUAAAAUAAAUUAUAUGUUUACAAAAUUAGUUUUCAGAUUUAGUACAUACAAUUUCAUUAAUGUUACACAAAAGGGAAAGGUAGCAUUGAUCUAAUUCAACAGACCUAAAGCUAUGAAUGCUCUUUGUGAUGGAUUAAUUAAAGAAUUAAACUAAGUAACUUAGGAAAUUGAUUCUAAUCCUGAAUAUGGAUCAAUUGUUAUUACAGGAAAUGAAAAAGCAUUUGCAGCAGGAGCAGAUAUUAAAGAAAUGUAAGAUAAAUCAUUUCCAUAAGUUUAAAACAUUUAAAUGCUUGCAUGUAAAAACAUUUAUUAUCUUUAGCUUGGGAAAAUUUGACCAAUAUUAAAAAACCUAUUCUUGCAGCAGUAAAUGGAUAUGCUUUAGGUGGAGGAUUUGAAUUAGCUAUGAUGUGUGAUAUUAUUUAUGCAGGAGAAAAUGCUAAAUUUGGAUUACCUGAAAUUACUCUUGGAACAGUAAUAUAUAUAAUGAUUAAAUUAGAUUCCAGGAUGUGGAGGAACUCAAAGAUUAAUUAGAGCAGUAGGUAAAUCAAAAGCUAUGGAAAUGACAUUAACUGGAGAAUUCAUAGAUGCAUAAACAGCAUUAUCUUAUGGAUUAGUUAGCAAAGUUUUACCAGUGUCAAAUUUAGUUGAAGAGACAUUAAAAGUAGCUGAAAAAAUAGCAUCAUUUAGCAAGUAAUUUUAUUAUAAAUGAUUAUUAUAGACCAGUUGCUGCAUUAAUUAAGGAUACCAUAAAUGAAGCAGAAAAUAUUGGUUUAAGAGAAGGAGUGAAAUAUGAAAGAAAAGCAUUCUAUUCAACAUUUGCAACUUAAGAUAGAAAAGAAGGAAUGAGUGCAUUUGUAGAAAAGAGAAAACCUUCUUGGACUGAUAAUUGAAUAGU